AUGACUCGCCCAUCAACCUGCUGCGGCCGCUCAGAAACCGGCUGCGUCUGCGCAGCACAGGCCAAAUGCGAGUGCGGAAAGACACAGGCUGGUGCUUGUGACUGCGGCAAAGCUGCGCAGGAGAUUUCUGGUCCGAGAUGCUCAUGCCGAAUGCGGCCUGCUGGGCAAUGUACCUGCGAGCGGUCGGUCGCAGAGAACAAAGCUGUGACUGGAGAUUCUUGUUCUUGUGGACAGAGACCGGCUGAAUCCUGCACUUGCGAAAAGCGUCAAAAGGUGGAUGCUGCUGCUCAAGAAGGGAUGGAGACGGAUUUUACUACUGCGAGAUAA